AACGGCUUCAUCUGCGAGUGCCCCGGCGGCUGGCACGGCGACACCUGCGCCGAGGAGAUCGGCAGCUACCCGGACCACGUGGCCGCCUCGGCGGUGUCCCCGUCGAACACGGUGCCGGCGGUGCCGCCGUCGGGAGCCAGCUACCUGUCCGGCAACCUGUCCCGCCACGUCGCCUCCGCGGAGCCCAGGGACGCCGGCCUGACCACCGAGCACGUCGUCGUGAUCGCCACCCUGUCGACCGCGGUGCCGGCGUUCGUCCUGGUCGCGGCCGUCGCGGUGAUGUGCAUGAAGAGGCGGCAGAAGCGGGAGCAGGCGAAGGCCGACGAGGAGGCCAGGCUGCAGAACGAGCGGAACGCGGUCCACAGCAGCAUGAGCAAGCGGAGCGGCGGCGUGAUGGGCGGCGUGAUGGGCGGCGUCGGCGGCGGCGUAUCCACCGGCAGCACCGUCGGCAUCGGGAACGUCGGCCUCCUCGGCGGCGGCGGCAGCGGCAUCAUCAGCGGCGGCGUCGGCGGCGGCAGCGUAUGCACCCUCGGCACCGGCGACGCGCACAUGAUCAAGAACACCUGGACGGCGAACAAGAGCGUCAACAACGCGGCCUCCGCGAGGCAGGACGACCUCGACUCGUCCUUCCAGACGGACGUCACGCUGGACAGCUCGUGCUCCGGUUACAAGCCGGAGCCGGUGCUGCAGGACGGCCGGACGCGGACGACCAAGCAGCUGAACACGGAGGCGGCCGCGCACAGGGCGUCCCACCUAUUCCAGAAGGAGAAGGACUGCCUCGGCCUGGGCCUGGGCAUCGGCGUCGGCGUCAUCGAGACCGCGAAGAGGUCCUCGGUCUUCGCCGGGAACGCGGCCGACAGCUGCUGCUCGGCGGCGGAGGCGGCGCUGCUCAAGAGGCCGCCGACGACCAUCGCCGAGAGCACCGGCCCGCCGGGCAGCGGAGCCGGCGGCGGCGGCUCGGCCGACAACGGCGGCUGCGGGGUCUACGUGAUAGACGAC